AUGGGGAUUUCUAGUGCGUUCCUGAAUGUUCCUGCGGAAUUGCCGUUCGAGAAUUUGAAAUUCCUAUUGCUGGAGCACAUUCUCCCCGUGGAUUUUCAGGCCACUGAACGGGCCAAAUUCAACUCAAUGAAGAUAAUUUACAACAUGCCGUGCCAUGAGUUCAUACUACAGUUGAACAAACAGGCGUCAAAAUGCAACUAUGGUGACCGAUUGGAAGAACAACUUUGUGGCGGUCUCAGAACUGGAAUCAACAACACCCCAUUACAGCGUAAGAUGUUGGAAAAGAAAGAUAUCACGUUCACUGAGGCUCGAAAGAUCUGUGAGCAAAUUGAUGAUUUGUGUGCUGCCAAAAAUGCGGAUACUCCUGUGGUAUUCCGUCGGCAAUGA